AUGUCCAUGUUCUCGGCCGGUCAAUUAGAAAUUACGAGCGAGUAUAAGCCAAACCCAUGCUCUUUCUACAUACUGAACCUAGGCAUCGAUACUACUCUCGGCAUACCGAUUCUCAUUUUCAUCCUCCACAUUUUGAACCGCCUGGCUCUUUACACACCUCUUGCAGAUCCCCCGGACUCUAUUAAGUCUGGGCACUACGGUCGUCCGCCACGAGCGACUUGGUGGUUCAAACAAUCUAUGAUAUACUUUGUGGGACUUUUGGGGAUGAAGAUAUGCGUCUUCUUCCUCAUUCAAUUGUUGCCGUUCAUCGUCAAGGUGGGCGACUGGGCUCUGCGAUGGACCGAGGGUAACACAGCCAUUCAAAUCAUCUUUGUGAUGUUGCUUUUUCCGGUAAUCAUGAAUGCGAUUCAAUAUUACAUCAUCGAUAUAUUCAUCAAGAAACCGUCGCAUGAAAUGCUAGAAGAGAGUGAGGUCGAUGACGUACUAGAUGAUAGGCACGAUCACCAUCAUGCCUUGUUGGCCGGGCUGGAAGAGGAGGUCGCAUCAGAAUCAGAAGAUGACUCUGCUGGGAAGGGCAGCAGGAAAGUAUUCGUGAGCCCUCCCCAGAAGGAUGUCGGGCGCCUAUUUGACUCUGCUGAGUACCAUCCAACCAGCGAACUGGAGCAUAGUUCUGCAUCAUCAACAUCUACUAGAGCUCGCGCCGGACAUAUUGAAAAUGAUCAUACGCUAUCAUCGGCAGAGUUUGCAACACCACAAAAAGAUCAUGACUAG